AUGGAGAACGCGCACACAAAGACAGUCGAAGAAGUUUACAGCUAUUUCAGCGUGAACGAGAGCACCGGCCUGGCCCUGGAGCAGGUCAAGAGGCAGAGGGAGAAAUGGGGCCCGAACGAAUUACCCGCAGAGGAAGGAAAGUCUUUAUGGGAACUUGUUGUUGAACAGUUUGAAGAUCUUCUAGUCCGAAUUCUUCUGUUGGCAGCUUGUAUAUCUUUUGUCCUUGCCUGGUUUGAAGAAGGAGAAGAGACCAUAACAGCAUUUGUGGAGCCUUUUGUAAUCCUGUUAAUUUUAAUAGCCAAUGCCAUUGUUGGGGUGUGGCAGGAAAGAAAUGCAGAGAAUGCCAUUGAAGCACUCAAAGAAUAUGAGCCUGAGAUGGGAAAGGUGUACCGACAGGACAGAAAGAGCGUGCAGAGGAUCAAGGCCAGGGACAUUGUGCCUGGAGACAUCGUGGAAGUGGCAGUUGGAGACAAGGUUCCAGCUGACAUUCGACUCACUUCAAUAAAGUCUACAACCCUCAGGGUGGAUCAGUCCAUCUUGACUGGGGAGUCCGUAUCAGUCAUCAAGCACACUGAUCCUGUACCGGACCCUCGUGCUGUCAACCAAGACAAGAAGAACAUGCUGUUCUCUGGCACCAAUAUUGCUGCUGGCAAGGCAGUGGGUGUGGUGGUAGCCACUGGUCCCAACACUGAGAUUGGGAAGAUCCGUGAUGAAAUGGCUUCCACGGAGCAGGAGAAAACACCGCUGCAGCAAAAGUUGGAUGAGUUUGGUGAACAGCUCUCCAAAGUCAUCUCACUCAUCUGUAUCGCUGUCUGGAUCAUCAACAUUGGCCAUUUCAAUGACCCUGUCCACGGUGGUUCCUGGAUCCGUGGCGCUGUCUACUAUUUCAAGAUUGCUGUAGCACUGGCUGUAGCUGCCAUCCCUGAGGGGUUACCUGCUGUUAUCACCACUUGCCUUGCCCUGGGCACACGUCGCAUGGCCAAGAAGAAUGCCAUCGUACGCAGCCUGCCCUCUGUGGAAACCCUGGGUUGCACCUCUGUUAUUUGUUCUGACAAAACAGGCACACUCACCACCAACCAAAUGUCCGUCUGCCGGAUGUUCAUUGUUGACAAGGUGGAGGGACAGAGCUGUUCCCUGAGUGAGUUUACAGUCACUGGCUCCACCUAUGCCCCUGAGGGGGGAGUGUUCCGCAAUAGAAAGCCAGUGAAGUGCUCAGAUUAUGAUGCCCUUGUUGAGAUGGCCACCAUCUGCGCGCUUUGUAAUGACUCUUCCCUGGACUAUAAUGAGGUGAAGGGAGUGUAUGAGAAGGUGGGUGAAGCAACCGAGACUGCCCUUACCUGCCUAGUGGAGAAGAUGAAUGUUUUUGACACUGACGUGAAGGGCCUGUCCAAGAUUGAGAGGGCCAAUGCCUGCAACUCGGUGGUGAAGCAGCUAAUGAGGAAAGAGUUCACACUGGAGUUUUCUAGGGACAGGAAAUCAAUGUCUGUCUACUGCACCCCCAACAAGGCUCGGUCCUCUAUUGGCAAGAUGUUUGUGAAGGGUGCUCCAGAAGGAGUGAUUGAAAGGUGUACUCACAUCAGAGUGGGCAGCGACAAAGUGCUGCUGACCCAAGGCAUCAAAGACAGGAUUAUGUCAGUGAUCCGAGAGUAUGGCACUGGCCGGGACACACUGCGUUGCCUGGCACUGGCUACUCGUGACAACCCACCCCGCAAGGAGCACAUGCUGCUGGAGGACUCUGCCCGUUUUGCUGAAUACGAGACGGACCUGACCUUCGUGGGUUGUGUUGGCAUGCUGGACCCACCCCGGUCCGAGGUAGCUGCGUCUAUCAAACUCUGCCGACUGGCCGGCAUCCGUGUCAUCAUGAUCACCGGUGACAACAAAGGCACGGCCGUUGCCAUCUGCCGCCGUAUCGGCAUCUUUGGCGAGGAUGAGGAGGUGGGCGGCAUGGCCUUUACUGGCCGUGAAUUCGAUGACCUGUCAGCCCAGCAGCAGCGUGAAGCAGUAGUGAAAGCACGGUGUUUUGCCCGCGUUGAGCCUUCCCACAAGUCCAAGAUUGUGGAGUUCCUUCAGUCAUAUGAUGAGAUCACAGCAAUGACAGGUGAUGGUGUGAACGAUGCUCCUGCCUUGAAGAAGGCAGAGAUUGGCAUUGCCAUGGGCUCGGGCACUGCUGUGGCCAAAACAGCAUCAGAGAUGGUGCUGGCUGAUGACAACUUUGCCACCAUAGUCGCCGCUGUAGAAGAGGGCCGUGCCAUCUACAACAACAUGAAACAGUUCAUCCGUUACCUCAUCUCCUCCAAUGUGGGUGAGGUUGUAUGCAUCUUCCUGACGGCAGCACUGGGCUUUCCCGAGGCCCUCAUCCCGGUGCAGCUGCUGUGGGUAAACCUGGUGACGGAUGGUCUGCCAGCCACAGCGCUAGGCUUCAACCCUCCUGACUUAGACAUAAUGACCAAGCCCCCUCGCAAUGCUCGUGAACCUCUCAUUUCCGGCUGGCUCUUCUUCAGAUACUUGGCUAUUGGAGGUUAUGUGGGUGCUGCCACAGUGGGUGCUGCAGCCUGGUGGUUUAUUGCUGCUGACGAUGGACCUAGGGUCACCUUCUACCAGCUGAGCCAUUUCCUGCAGUGUGGUCCCGACAACCCCGAGUUCCAGGGCCUACACUGCGAGGUGUUUGAGUCGCCCUACCCCAUGACCAUGGCCCUCUCCGUGCUGGUCACCAUCGAGAUGUGCAAUGCCCUCAAUAGCCUGUCGGAAAACCAGUCUCUGCUCCGUAUGCCCCCCUGGGAGAAUGUGUGGCUGCUGGGGGCCAUCUGCCUCUCCAUGUCUCUGCAUUUCCUCAUCCUCUAUGUGGAGCCAUUACCGAUCAUCUUCCAGAUUACUCCAUUGAACAUGACCCAGUGGCUGAUGGUACUGAAGAUCUCCUUGCCUGUCAUCCUGCUGGAUGAACUGCUGAAGUUCGUAGCCCGCAACUACCUGGAGCCUGGUAAAGAGCUGGAGAAGCCAACCAAGGGGCAUUCCUUUUCGGCCUGCAUGGAGGGCAUCUCCUGGCCCUUCGUGGCCAUAGCUCUUCCCCUGGUGGUGUGGAUCUAUAGCACUGACACUAACGUGUCCGACAUGUUUUGGUCCUGACUGACAUGAGCACGGGUUCCCCCUCCUCAAUUUGUGCAUGUGUGUGUUUGCCGGUGUGUGCGUGAGUGUGUCAGAAUGCAUGUGAGGGUGGAAAUUAACUCACCCAACUGCUAAAAACAUUAAAUAAAACUAAUUGUUUAAAGACUUUUGAAAUGGGGUAAAAACAAGUCACUUUGUGCUUGUACAUGUAAGCAUUCCACCACCUGAGGAUAUUUUGUUGAUUUUUGUUUUGAGAAAAUUCUUUGUUUUUUUUUCCCCCUGGUUAUUACCUUUUAAAUUAGUAUUUUUUUAAAUCAUUUUGGGAUUCAUUUGUAUUACCUGAUGUCCUGUUUCAGAACAUACAUUUUUGCUCCCUCUAAAUAUGAGUAUAUUUAAAAUUGUUGAUUGAAAUGUACAGAAAUUUAACACUAUUUUAUUCAUUUUUUGUAGUCUUGGAAGGGAGAUCAAAUGACUGGAGUAAAUGGCAGAUUGAACUGUAUUGUGUUUACCAUUGUGUCUUCAGUAUGAAUUUGUGAGUUUGUGGACGAGCAAUGGAGGAAGAUUCGGCUUUUUCAGGAAAUGACUGUUUUGGGUGUGUUGGCUAAAGACUAAGAAGUAGGCCUGAAACAAACGAUGCAUGCUUGUGUUCUCGCAUGAACAAGGUGUGGGUUUUCAUUUGAACAAAUUUUAAUUCCACCUCCACAACUUACUAAUUGCCAUGCCUGUCACCCCCCCCCCCCCCCUUUUUUUUUAUUUUAUUAAAAAUGCCAGUUUUUUUCUGCACUAGGCAGAAUGCAGCUACCUCAGUAAAACAUAUGCUUCUUUCUAGACCCCACCCCCAUCCCAACUUGAGCACACCUCUUCAGAUUAUUUCAUUGGAAAUUCUCACUAAUUAUGCUUGAGGUAUGCCCUUCUCCGCUGGUGCAGGAAAAAAAACCCUUUGUUCAGUGUUUGAUAUUUUGUAUGUUUUACCAAGCCUUGUAACUUAAGUUUUUCAGGGGGUGGGAUGGGGGAGAUUGACAAAGGAUGUAAAUGUUACCUUUUUGUGGGAUGUGGGUUUGAUUCAGAGGAGUCCGAUUAAAAAAAUAACCAGUCAACUCGCAACUGUCAUUGAAACACGAACUUAAAACCCAAGCAGCCUGGUCCUUUUCUCUUCAUUUUUAAAAAAUUUCUUUUUUUUUUAUUGUAUUAAUAUUCCUCUGGAGAAAAUGGAGCUUACGUUUGAAUGUGGCCUUCGGUCCUCCGUUAGGAGCAAGGGAUCUCUUCUGCCAUAGAUAUUUCAGUUCAAGGAAUUCAUAUGUGCACAUACUUGAAUAUACAUAUACUGAGUGUUAAAUCUGCUGAGCACAAGAUGAACUGCAGCCCAGCCCUCAAUUCCAGGCGAAGCCAUAGUGCUGGCCCACCUGCAAGGUGAAAGGCAUGCUGUCAGACUUCUGUAAAUGUGUACAUAGAACAUUUUGCCAAAUAGUACAAUAUGUUUAUAAUAGGAAUUUUCAGGUGUCUGUACCAUCACGCUAACUUCAGCCGCUAAACCCCGUGUUGUAGACACCCUCACGCACCUCUAAGCGUGUCCAUGGCCAGUCCCAACCUCGGUGUGCUACUUAAUAUAGGAGUGUGACACAACCUUAACUGUGUUCCUUCAGUGCUUUCCAGCGACGUCCCCAGCAGUGAGUAUGUCCCUUCCCUCUGCACGUCCUUCCACUGUAACCAGCCCAUGUUGCCAUGACCACGAACACACAUUUUCAUCCAUCUGCCUCUCUCCAAUCGCACCUCGACACAAACCACCCCUUUAGAAAUAAGAACUUGGUUCUGGUUCAAACUGUUUCCGUAGGACAAACGCUCUAAAGCGACUGCUAUGUUGAUGUUGGCUAGGGCUUUCUGACCCCAUGUGUUACGUGUGAUGUGGUCAGUAAAUUCUUAAACUGGUCACCUCGUGUGCACUGAGGGCUGUAACCAGAGCAGCGCUGCACAGUGGCCAGUCUUAGGAACUAGUCACUAAUGUGUAAUAUAUCAACGCAAGCCUUGGAUGCUGAAGGUGGCCAGUUUUAGAUUUCUUAGGCUUUCCCCCCUGUCAUAUUCAGCUAUACAGUUGUUUUGAUUUUAUUUUUUUUCCCCCCUCCUAGUAAUGCAGUUGUUUAAAAUAAGCACAUCUGUCCAUGAAGACUUUGCAGUUCAGGGUUUCCAGUGCUGCAAAUGGAACUCCUUUGAUUACAUCACAUCAGGAACCGUGAGACAUCUAGGACUGAUGUGGCUAGAGGCUGAAAAAUGAUUCCUUGGCUUCUCUGGCAUGGCUUUAAAGCAGAGGUGAAUAGGGCCAAGCUGCUGAAAGGAUGUGGUCUGGGAGCUUGGGUUAUAUUUAGGGCUCCUUCUGAAAAGAAUAGAGGGGGGGGUCUGUUUGAGGAGCUUAAAGCAUUCAACUAGGGCUUUCUGACCGAAAAGCAUCGAGCCUGGCUUAGCACAUGCGUAGCCUCGAUGCCUCGUGCCCCUGUGAGCUCUCAGGCUGGUCCUCCCUCAUGCCCUGAAAAGUCUACAGCCUGGUCUUUAAUUGCUAUGUACCUUUUUGCUGGUUUGUACAGGACGGUCUGUUUAUGUCUGGGACCCUCAGCUUUCCUAGUGUCAUCUGGCAGAAGAUUCUUAAACCUUAACACUGACUCAAAGGAGAAACUAUAUACUGUGCUAAUGUGAACUACAGACCAAUCGGCUCUGCCUCAUCUGUGUGU